AUUUUGAUGAAUAUAGUUAUUGAAUUAAAUACAUAAUGCACCGAAAAUAAGUGGAUUUUAAACCGGAAUCUACUGCUUUCGUCUUUACAAACCAGAAAAAUGUUAGCCAAUAAUAUUUCAGGAUUUCGUAGCAUUUGACCAAUCCGAUCAGUGGGCGUCAUCAAAAACGGAAGUUUACAAAACAAUGAGAAUUUAGCGUGGUAAGAGUAGGCCUUCAUAAAAAAUAACAGAAUAUUCCCAUCGGCUUGAAGCAAACUCCGCCACAAAUAAAAAGGAAAUAUGGUCUGUGAAAAGUGCGAAAAGAAGCUCGGCAGAGUCAUCACCCCGGACACUUGGAAGGACGGAGCACGAAAUACGAUAGAGAGCGGCGGCCGCAAGCGGAAUGAAAACAAGCUGCUGACUUCGAAGAAAGCCAGGUUUGACCCGUACAGCAAGACCGGCUUCGCCACGUGUCGCAUCUGCAAGAGCUCCGUCCAUCAGUCGGGAUCGCACUACUGCCAAGGCUGCGCCUACAAGAAAGGCAUCUGCGCCAUGUGCGGAAAGAAGGUCCUCGACACCACCAACUACAAGCAGACGUCAGUGUGAUCGUGCGCCAGUGCGUACGUCUCCCGCCGACUUCCUCACGGUCCUCUCAUGCCACGCUUGAACUCUUUUCCCUAUCUUAGCGCGUAACACACCCCGAUUACGAGUUGUAGGUUUUUUUUUUCCCCCCUAAGUAUGAUUUUUAUGUGUAUAUGAUGUGAUUAUUUUUUGAGUAAAAUCUUCAGUACAAAAAAAAAAAAUUGAAGACCUAUUUCGCUUAUCUCAAAAAUACGGCACUGAAAAAUAAAAAGGCCAUGCUAUUAAAAAAAGUAUUUCUAUGUAUUUAAAAAAAAAAAUCCUUGGAAAGAAUUAUUCAAAACACUUCCUUCAAAAAGUCAUUCAAAUAAUAAUUGGAAGACCUGUUUUAUUUAUUUCAAAAUAUGCAAUUAAAUGAACAGAUAAGGUAGCAAUUAAAAGAAUCUAUGAAAUUAAAUUAUUGAUAUAAACCUCAAAUACAUUCUACAAUAAAUGAAUGAAUUUUAAAAUGUCUUUAAAUCAUUAAAAUUACAAAUUGUUUUGGUAAAAAUCAUUGAACUAUGGAAAAUAUGUUGAAAUCGGAAUGCUGUCAAAUAAUAAUUCAUUUGAGCAAUAAGAAAAUGCAAUCAGUAUUAUAAAAAUUAACUAAACUUGAAAAAAAAUACUAUAAAAAAAAUAAAAUGCAUUGAAUGGGACGACUAUAAUCACAUUGUAUUUCAAAAUAUGUCACGAUAUAUAUUGAAUAGACUUAUUGAUGUUCCAAUUGGUUAAAUAUUUAAUAACACGUUUGGGGCACAACCCCUUAAUGGUCAAAUAUUGUCCCUCAAAUAUUAACUCACCUGAGUUUGAGGAGAUGAUAUCAAGCUAUUGAAAAAAGA